GAGUGAGGCGCGCUGCGCGUCCCCGCCUCUUCCAGGCCCCGCGUACCGGGAUAAUCCCGAAUUCCUCCGCUGGAAUCCACACUAAACAGCGGAAGAGACGCGCUGAAGCGCUGCGCCUUCCCGUGGUUUUUUUUUUGCAUGGCGUCCAGGGUGCUGUGGCGCCGCGGGGCCGCGUGGCUGAGGGGCGGCGCGGAGCCCCCCGGCGCGGCCCGGGGCAGGGGCAGCGCCGGCUGCCGGGCUGUGGUGCCGACGUGCGAGCGCUACGCGGUGAAGCGGCUGCCCUUCGCCCGGCUGGAGGACGGCGAUGUGGCCUUCUUCGAGCGCCUCAUGCCCGGCAGGGUCGUCAGCGGCGAGGAGGAGGUGAAGCCAUUUAAUGUGGACUGGCUGAAGUCGGUGCGAGGCUGCAGCCAGCUGGUGUUGAAGCCACAGAGCACGGCAGAGGUGUCUCAGAUUCUCAGGUACUGCCAUGAGAGGAACCUGGCAGUGAACCCUCAGGGAGGGAACACAGGCCUUGUUGGGGGCAGCGUUCCUGUCUUUGACGAGAUCAUUCUCUCCACUGCUCUCAUGAACCAGGUCAUCAGCUUUGACAAGGUGUCUGGAAUCCUUGUGUGCCAGGCAGGCUGUGUGUUGGAGAGGCUCAACGAGUACGUGGAGGAGCAGGGGUUCAUCAUGCCACUCGACCUGGGAGCCAAAGGCAGCUGUCACAUCGGGGGGAACGUGGCCACCAACGCCGGGGGCCUGCGGCUCCUGAGAUACGGCUCUCUGCGAGGGACAGUGCUGGGCCUGGAAGUGGUGCUGGCUGAUGGCUCAGCCCUGGAUUGCCUGGCCUCUCUGCGCAAGGAUAACACGGGCUACGACCUGAAGCAGCUCUUCAUUGGCUCCGAGGGGACCUUGGGAGUGAUCACUGCUGUCUCCAUACUCUGUCCUCAGAAGCCUAAGGCUGUCAAUGUGGCAUUCCUAGGGUGUCAGAGUUUUGCCAAGGUUCUGGAGACAUUCACAACCUGCAGAGCCAUGCUGGGUGAGAUCCUGUCUGCCUACGAGUUCAUGGAUGAGAAGUGCAUGGAACUGGUUGAGAAACAUCUCAAGCUGUCCAGCCCAGUGGCAGACAGCCCUUUUUAUGUUUUAAUUGAAACUUCGGGCUCCAACUCAACUCAUGAUGAAGAAAAAUUGAACAACUUCCUGGAGCAGGCCAUGGCUUCUGGUAUGGUCACUGAUGGAACUGUGGCAACGGACGAUAAGAAAAUAAAGGUGCUGUGGAGCCUGCGGGAGAGGAUCACCGAGGCCCUCACUCACGAGGGUUAUGUGUACAAGUACGACGUCUCUCUGCCCGUGGGAAAGCUCUAUGACCUCGUCACUGAUAUGAGGGCUCGGCUGGGCCAAAGUGCCAAGAGUGUGGUGGGCUACGGCCACCUGGGAGAUGGGAACCUGCACUUAAACAUCACGGCGGAGUCGUACAGCCAUUCCCUGCUGGACGUCAUCGAGCCCUUUGUGUACGAGUGGACGGCGAGGUGCAGCGGGAGCAUCAGUGCAGAGCACGGGCUGGGCUUCAAGAAGAAGCAGUUCAUUCACUACAGCAAACCAGCCGAGGCAGUGGUGCUCAUGCAGCAGUUCAAAGCCAUGCUGGACCCCAAAGGGAUCCUCAACCCCUACAAGACGCUGCCCUCAGCUCCCGGGAGGGGCGCGUGCUGAGGAGCCAGCAGAGCAGGGCAGCUCCAGCUCUGUACCUGCACUCGAGUCAUAAACACACUGGAUCAGCAGCACGUGGAGUGCUCUGUGUUUGAUUCUUUUAGUGGGGUGGAACAAGUAAA